GAAAUCUGAGAUAUACACGUGCUAUUUGACAAAACGCAAUCGUAGUCAUUUUAUUUUGUUUCCUUGUUUGCAUUCUGUUAUAUCCUGAACUGGCAAGUAGGACGUCACAGAAUAGUUUUUCCAAUUCCGCUGUCUUUCGUGUGAAACAGAUUCAAAGACUCGCGCUUCACGUUUCUCUCUAUACAUAUUUUUAUUUGCAUUCGACUCGAUUCACAAAACCUUUAUCUCUUCUGUCAACUACGAGUGACUGGCUGUUUGUUUAUAAGGGUCUUCAAUUUUGACGUUUCCUCUCCGUUAGCCAUUGAUUUCUUCUGUGUUAGGGAUCAAAACGUGAUUGUGACAUAUAGUCAAUUAUGGAGUUACAGGAGAAUUACGACGUUUCCAACUGUUUAAGCAGAAAUUAUUCCAAAGAGGAUUCAACUUCGAAUCUUGUCAGCAUGAUCACAUCAAACUGGACAAUUUCAAAUAAUCGACGAUUUCAAGACUCAAUUUCGGUUGUGCCUUUAUCGCAAGCUGCAGAGAGGACUGAUUUGGCUGACAUGGUUUCUCCUGAUAGUUGUAUACAGUUACAGUCUUUAAGGAAUCAGGAUGAACCAUGUACGAUUGAUAUUGAGGUAACUGGUGGUCGAAAGAUAGCACGAAUUGCUGUGGUCUCUGAAGCAUCGAUUUUAGAAUUUUAUAAGCAAUAUGGGGAAUAUGCAGUUACUGCACUUGCUGAAUUUAUUGAUGAGUUUGAAAACAACUUCAGUUAUUUCGCUGAGGUAACAAUAGAACCACCUUCUUCUGAAAUAAAAAUUAAGUUUGCAAAAGUAAAAAGUAAAACAUUGUUUUGGGUAUAUGGCAUAAGAUUAAUUCUUACAGACCCUGUAACCAAUAAUGUACAAAAAACAUUUGAUUAUGAUGUAAUUAAUAGCUUUUUACAAAACACCAAUGGGCUGACUACAAAAGGUGCAGAGAUGGCAAAAAAAUUAUUACAAACGUUUGAUACUCAAGGAAAUGAUAUUACUGGAAAUGAUUUUAAUCCAUGUUUAUUAAAGUUGUCAGAAACCAGUUUACAAUCACAGAUACCUAAACAUCAUAAAUCAUUAACGACAAUAGAAAAGAGUACAAUUAAAAGUGAAAGCAUGGAAGAAGUAAAUUGUGAAAAUACCAAUAUCACAGAUAUUAGAACAUAUAUUGAUAAUAAAUUGUGUGAUAUGGAGAAAAGAUUGAUGCAGAGAAUAGAGGUAAUGGAACAGCACACAAAUAAAAAACUGGACACUGUCUUACAACAGCUGGAAAAAUUGACUACUCAUAAGUAAAAUGACUUAAUGAUAGCGUUGACAAUUGUGUUAAGAUUGCAAUUGCACAGUUUCUGUAUAAAAAGUAUUAAAUAAUUCUUAAGCUGUA